AGACCCGAGACAAAGAUAAAAUCGAACAGAUGAUGGAAUCAUGAUAUCAGCUGAAGACUUUGAAGAGCUCCAAGAGGCCGAACAUGAUGCCAAUGAAACCACCUGGAGCUGGACUCGUCAGACCAUGAAUUACGUGGGCCAGUUGGCGGGCCAGGUGUUUGUCCAGGUCAAGGAGCUGUACCGGGGACUGAACCCCGCCACGCUGUCCGGCUGCAUCGAUGUCAUCGUGGUCAGACAGCCCGAUGACUCCCUGCAGUGCUCACCUUUCCACGUGCGCUUUGGCAAAAUGGGGGUCCUUCGCUCACGAGAGAAAGUGGUGGACAUCGAGAUCAACGGUGAGCCAGUGGAUCUGCAUAUGAAGCUGGGGGAGAAUGGGGAGGCUUUUUUCGUCCAGGAAACAGAAAAUGAUCAGGAAGUGGUUCCCUCCUACCUGGCAACCUCACCUAUUAUGUCGGAUGGUGCUGCUUUGAUGAGCUCCUCCCUGAUGGGGAAGAGCUCGGGACCACCCAUACAGACCCUGGGCUCCACGGGGGGCACUGGAGAUGGCAGUAGCGGGAUGAAGAAGAGGAGGAAGAGGAGGAGGAAGGCACGGUCAGACAACAUGAGGAGGGAGGAGAGCGGAGACUACUCCGAGGACGAGGACAUGUUCACCAUUGACAUCAGCUCGGAUGAAGGAAAGGAGAUGGAGAGCAACAGGAUUUCAACCCGAGAUGCCUUUGGGGAGGAAGGAACAGUUGGUUCAACCAACAGUUCUUACAAACAAACCGGUGUGUACGCCCACUCUGAUGGGGACUGGAGCCCUGUACAGAGCCCUAGUAGCUCUCGGCCCACUACUCCCAAAAGUGACUCUGAACUGAUGAUCAAACCAUCAGAAUCAGCCGAUCAGAACCCAGCUAUGCUUUGGGCAUGGGGGGAGUUGCCACAGGCUGCCAUGCCAGUGUUCCUUCCAGCAAAAUCUGAUCCGCACCCAGUUUGUCCCAUAUCAAUCCAUGUGUCGGAAAGCACACACUUCCGUGUGAUUCCGUGUGAGACGUCCUCAAGAAAUCAUGAAAACUGUACUGAAAUGUCCCCACUCCGAAUGCUCAUGUCCGAGGACACAUCAGCCAAAGAAACAACGGUGGUCACCAUCGGGGUGGACUCAGAAACCAUGACUAUGGAAUCACAUCCAACAGUAACAGAGACGCAGGGCAGCUCCCCGCCACCGGCAGCAGGAGCAGCUCGUAUGAUGUCAGAAAUGGAGGAGAAUAACACGUUGCCCCGCCCACUCGCCAAAACAGACUCUCCAUCGAAGAAAAAAGACAAGAGGAGCCGCCAUCUUGGUUCGGAUGGAAUUUAUCUGGAUGACAUCACAGAACUCGAUCCUGAGGUUGCAGCACUGUAUUUUCCUAAGAGUGAGAGUUUUGCUACCGUGAGAAGCAGCUCAGACCAGGGCCUGCGAAGUGCCAGCCUGUCGCCACAGUCAGUCAGCUCAGGAGGAGACAGUGGGGUGGACAGCUACUGCGACCAGAUGGCUGACCUGCCCUCUAUCGGCAUCUCAUUGUGUGGAGGACUCACUGACAACAGGGAGAUAACUAAAGAGCAGUUCCAAAGGAAAGCUGUGUCCUAUCAGAAGUUUGCAGAGAAUCCCUCGAUCAUUGAUGAUCCUAAUUUAGUGGUGAAAAUUGGCUCCAAAUACUAUAAUUGGAGCACUGCGGCGCCACUUAUGCUGGCAAUGCAAGCCUUCCAGAAACCUCUGCCAAAGGCUACGGUGGAGAACAUCAUGAAGGAGAAGAUGCCCAAGAAAGGAGGGAGGUGGUGGUUCUCCUGGAGAGGCAGAAACAGCAGUGUUAAGUCGGAUUCAGCUUCUGAGCACGGCGGAUGCUGCGCUGCCGAGCAGACGGGGAAUAUGGCUGCCAUGGGCAGACAUAAAGAGGAGUCAUCCUCCAGUGAUGAAGAUGACAUUGCAGGAAAGCAGAGCUCUUCUUCCGUUGAGUCAGAGGUAGCGGGUGUGUCCUACAAGAAGACACUCCGCCUCACAUCAGAGCAACUGUUGUCGCUCCAGCUGAAGGACGGUCCUAAUGACGUUGUGUUCAGUGUGACCACCCAGUACCAGGGUACUUGCCGGUGCCAGGGAACCAUCUACCUGUGGAACUGGGAUGAUAAAAUAGUUAUUUCUGACAUAGAUGGAACCAUCACUAGGUCAGACACCUUGGGCCAUAUCCUGCCUACACUUGGGAAAGACUGGACCCACCAGGGCAUUGCCCAUCUCUACCACAAAGUCAGCCAGUAAGCACUAAAGUUCCUGUACUGUUCAGCCAGAGCCAUAGGCAUGGCUGGCAUGACAAGAGGCUACCUCCACUGGGUCAAUGAGAGAGGCACCAUGCUUCCAAUGGGCCCAGUCCUGCUCAGCCCCAGCAGUCUCUUCUCUGCCCUGCACAGGGAAGUGAUUGAGAAGAAACCAGAGAAGUUCAAGGUGGAGUGUCUGACGGACAUCAAGAACCUCUUCUACCCCAACACACAGCCCUUCUACGCAGCCUUUGGCAACAGACCCACGGAUGUAUACUCUUAUAAAGAGGUCGGGGGUCCAUUGAACAGGAUCUUCACCGUCAACCCUAAAGGAGAACUAGUGCAGGAGCACGCCAAGACCAACAUCUCAUCAUACGUGCGUCUGGGGGAGGUGGUCGACCACGUCUUCCCCUUGAAGAUGCGAUCCAGCUCGUCAGACUUCCCUUGCUCAGACACUUACAGCCACUUCACCUACUGGAGGGAGCAGCUUCUCCCAGUGGAAAGCCAUGGAACUACACCUCCACCGAGCCCCAGUACCACCAGGAGCUGACUGUCAGUGGGCACCAGUAGCUCUUAAACGAGCAGGGUGGAGUGUGUUAUUCUGCAAUGGUGUGAAUGGGAUGUUGCAUAAGUUUGGUUGGGGAUGUUAACGUGUUUGUCACUCACUCAAAAGGCUACCUAGUUGUAAAUGUGUGUUAACACACAAGGGUGGAUACAAGUGCACUUUCUAAGAAGGUAGACUCAUGCUGAUUCCCAUGGCUUAUCUGAAUUUGUACAAGUAUAUGAGACAUUGUAGUAACUUAUUCAGGCAGCUUAUUAUUAUAUGUCAUAUUGUCAUUUGUUCAUAUAUGUGGUCAUAUUAUGUGGUUAACGCUGUACCCACGCAUGCAGUUGAAUACUACGUGAAACAAAUGACACCUCGGAAGAAAUGCAAACCAUACAGAUGUUUGUAAACACAUCAUAGAACAAAUUACUCAAACUUGUCCCAAAUACUCAGCGCAAAAAUUUAUUUUCACACUCUUAACUUUUUUAAUCAAAAGACUUUUACUAUUUUUAGACCCUUUGAAUGAAAUGGAGGCUUGGAUGCGCACAUGGUUGUACAUGACAUCACUACAUUUGUGUGUGAAUUAUACUCUGGUGCAAGCUUGAAAAGAAAACAGUGUUAUGCCAGUGUUAGCACAAUGCAUGUCAAUGACUGUCUAUGUAACGUUUUAUUUUUACUGUGACAUGGAAAAAUGAACUAGUUUAUCCCUAAAGAGAAAUACCUUACAGAUAACAUAAGACUGAAUAUUUUAUAUAAAUAAUGAGAUGACCUUAUCCUGAAGGGGGAACAGCAGUUACGGCAUUUUCAUUAGUGACUCCAUUAACAAUUUUGUUUGAAAAUUGAGAGUUUGCAUUCCGUAAAAUGACAUGAAAUGUCCAGUUAUAAAGAGUUAAUUUUGCUUUUCUAUCCACAUUACAUGGUGUGCAAAGGCUAUGUAUGGAUGAUGUACAUACUAUAUCGACCGUCCCAUGACCUUAUAGUGUCAUUUUAUUCACAGCAACAUGAAACAUCCCUCAUUUAAUUUUUCAAAUCCACACAUAGGAAAUUUUUAUGUGGCUAGUGUGCCUCGCAACAUCAAUUAUGUAGGUUAUUUAUUUUCAUUGCCACCUAAAGCCACCUGAUUAGGACCUGACUGUGAUAUAAACCUUUUUUUUACCUUUGUGUGUGUCAAUCCUGAGCCUGAUGCUGUAUGUAUUUGGGAUGAUCUUGUCCUAUAACUUUAUUGCCUUGAGGUGUGCGGCUUUUUCAUGAGUACUGUCACUUUAAGACGUGUUCUGUUGUUGGGGCAGACGUCUAGUGAGAAGCUGUCCCAGCACACCGAGCACGUGAAGCCUAAAAUGUUUGUAUUUAGAGCUUGAAAACAAAGGAAUGUACUUGUCACAUUUUGCAAGAAGGGGUUUAUGACUUAAGAGGAUUGCCGAGAUUUGAAAAGCCUCAUAUGUUGGAGAUACAUGUAGCACAUGAAAAGGGGAGGUUUUUGUAUUCUGACUGGCCUCGUAAAUCACCACGUCAACCUUUUUUUGAAUAUGAAUCGAGGUCACCCAAAAGUAGAAUAUGACUAGCAGAUGUUAUGUUUGUCUAUAUUUAGAGAGGCUGUGAUUAUGAUGCAUUAUAAAUGCUAGUAUUCUUUCUAUGAAAGAGGUAAAGUAGCACAGUAGCUUUUUUCAUUUUGCCUUAAAUGCUGAAAUCUUGAUUUUGAUUGAUCAUUGUCCAUUUCAUUAAUGUACUCUAUUACAUUUUUGACCAGUUCACUGUUAAAAUUAUGUAAUCAAAGUAAUUAAAUUAGAUUAAUUAAAUAAAAAUACUUUGAAGUGAGUGCAA